AUGGCAACAAAUGGAAUGAAUUACUCAAUGUAUAAUGGUAUUACUUAUCCUCAGAUGGCACAACAGCAACAACAGUCUUUCUAUGGACAAGGUUAUCCGAGCUCUUUUUCACAGCAACCAAUACCUCCAUAUAAUCCUUAUCAAAUGUAUGCUCCAUCUUCUAUAGCGAAUCCAUCACAAUAUAAUAGUUACGAUCAUAUUAUUCGAUCAGCUGCUGAGACUCUUGCUGCUUUUACUAAUCCAAAUGAAUCAUCUGUUAUAAAUACUUCUCAAGUACACAUGCCUGCAUCUAAAUCUCAUUCAUCGUCAACUCGUCGUUCAGUUAAGAAUUUUUCCGGUGCUACUAAUCCGACACGUAUGUACUAUUGUGAAACAUGCCGUAUAGCAUGUGGUGGUCAUGCAACAUAUCAAGCACAUUUAAAUGGAUCUAAACAUAAAAGAAAAGAACUUGUUGCACAAAAUCAACAAACAUCUGUUAAUCUAAGUUCGAAAACAGGUGUUAAUAUACUUCGAUGUGAAUUAUGUGAUAUAACAUGUACAAGUUCAGAUGCUUAUAAAGCUCAUUUAGAUGGAAGUAAACAUGAAAAAGCAAUGAGAUUACAUCGUAAACUAGGCAAAACAAUACCAUCAAUAGAACCAAAAAUCUUAAAUCCUACAUCUCAAUCAACUACUAUUUCACAAUCAUCAAUAAAUGGAUCUCAAACAUUAAUAAAUGAUGAUCAACAAAUAACUUUAUCUCGUUUACUUGAAAAUAGUAAUAAACCAAUAGGUGAAGAAUAUAUUGAAACAACAUAUGAUGCUUCAAAUAAACCAGUACUUUAUCAUUGUAAAUUAUGUGAAUGUACAUUUAAUGAUACGAAAGGAAAAGAUAUGCAUUUAAAAGGAAAACGACAUCGACUCUCAUAUAAAAAAAAAGUCAAUCCAAAUUUUGUAGUUGAUAAUAAUAGCUCAAAUACUAAAUUAUCAAAUUCUAAACCAAAACAAAUGAAUAAUAUUUCAUCAAAUGAAACUAUCAAUAAUAUUGAAUAUACAAACAUGGACAAUAAUUAUCAAGAAGAAAAUGAUGAUGAUACAAAAUUUUUAAUGAUGUUACAUAAACAAAUUGUACCAUCACCUAAUUUUCUUAAUAUUGUCGAACAAUUUGUUAGUGCUGUUGAAUCAGCUUUAAAAUCUUGUUCUGAACAACUACAAGCAUUCACAAAAUCAUCAAUCGAUGAAAAUCCUUCUACAUCCGAAACAUCAACAAAUCAAUCAUCUUUAAUGGGUGUAUCACGAAUUGGUUUACUUGGAAAAAGUUUAAUGAUAAAAACAGAUCGUUUAUUUCAUAUUGUUGUUAUUUGUGCAGAAUGGCCGACAAAAAAUUUAUUACAAACUAUUGCAAAUAUAUUAUCUGACAAUUUCGAUAGUAAUUGGAAAAAUCAAAUUCAAAUUGAUUAUCAAGCUGAUAAAGAAACUAUAGAAUUACAAGCAAAUACAGAAGAAGGAAUUAUGUAUAUUUCAAUUUUAUUCACUUCACCAUCUAUUCAACAAGAAAAAUCGGAAGAUAAAUCUGAAGAAUUUUUAUCAAAACUAAAUUGUUUAAAUGCUUUAUAUUCAAUUCAUUCAGCACGAUGGUUUCAAAAUCAAGUCAGUAUUCGUCAACAUUCAUCAGCAUUAAUCCGUUGUUUACGAUAUAAAACAAGUAUUUCAAUGAAUUGGCAUUCAUUAUCUUCUGAAAUUAUUGAAAUUCUUAUUGAAUAUGCUUUAUCACAAAAUGUAUCUGCUAGUAAUGCAUUCCGUCGAGUUUUGGAAUAUCUCUCCAGUGGUUUAAGUUUAUUAAAUAGCCCCAGUUUAUGUAUACCUUGGCAAAAAGAUUCAACAAAAGAUAUUUUUGAAGAACUAACAAAUCAACAACGAAAUGAUGUAACUCAGGAAGCUCAAACUGGUUUACGUUUAAUGUCAUUUGGACAACUAACUAAAUGGUUUGAACAAUCAACUAACCCUCAAUUAAUGUUUUCAUUGUCAAAACGUCCUUAUUCUGAUUCUGAUGAUAACAAUUCAACGAAACGGCAAUGUAUAGAAUUUGAAUAA